AUGACUCGUCAGAAAGUGAAGUUGGCCUUCAUCAGCAACGACUCGGCCCGUAAGGCGACAUUCAAGAAACGUAAGAAGGGGCUAAUGAAGAAGGCCAGUGAGCUAAGCACACUGUGUGGGAUCGAGGCCUGCGCAAUCGUGUACAGCCCAUACGAGGCCCAGCCUGACGUUUGGCCGGACGGGCAUUUGGCCCAACGCGUGCUGGCCCACUUCAAGCGCAUGCCUGAGAUGGAGCAGAACAAGAAGAUGGUGAACCAGGAGAUUUUCCUCCGGCAGCGCGCUGACCGGGCGGCUGACCACCUCAAGAAGCUGCGCAAGGAAAAUCGAGAAAAGGAGAUGACGAACCUCAUGUAUGAGUGCCUUACGGGCCGUGGGGUCCAUGGGCUUGCCACGUCAGAUUUGAAUGAUGUGGCGUGGCUGCUCGACCGUAAUCUCAAGGAGAUCUACAGCAGAAUUGAGGCACUCGGUAAGGAGAAACAUGCGGACGUGCCAGCUCAGCAGCAGCCGUGGUUUUCGGAGCUCAAUAAUGUGUGGUCCAAUGUGUUCUUCCCCUGA